GAAAAAUUAAAAUAUAAAGACAUUGAAAACCCUUUUUCCUCUUUCUCACUUAACGAUAACAACAAAUUCCGUCAUUUUUUUAAAAAAAAGAAAUAUGACAUAUGGAAAGUGUAAUUACCGAAAUUUACAAACUGGUGUUAAAUGUGGAUGUCUUAGAUCUCGUGUCCAGUCCAUUAAUGAUCAUUCAUGCAAAGCCUGUAAACACGAUCUGAACUAUCAUGAAAUCAAUCAACACCAAACAUCGAAAAGUUUUGCCAACUUGAAAAAUAAUUGUAAAAAUAAAAUCUAUUCACACAAAAAGUUUAAUAUUACUUUCAAGUUGAUCAAUAUAGUUGGUGAAAAACCAAACCAAAAAGUACCUAGAGAUGUUAAAAAAUCGGGUAAAAUGAAAUCAAUUUGCUUUACUGAAGAUUCAAAUAUUGGAAUAAAAAAUGUAGUUGAAUCAUCAUUUCCUCACUUUAUGAACAAGCGUUGGCAAUUUUUCCGUCUCCGUCGUACGUCAAUAUCAGAUCUUGAGAUCGCUUGUGAACCAAACCUUGGAUGGAGUAUCGAUGCAUUAAAAAGUAUUGCUUGUACUAGGAGGAAAUUGUAUGUAGGAAUUGUACAUGAGCCGAUUCAAAUGACUUCCUCGUUAAUUUAUCAACCAAUUCGAUCAGAUAAUAUAACUUCGGAAGUAUCAGGCAUCGGUUUUGAACAAUUCUUACAACAAAAUUUAAUGUCACUAGAUAUGGAAUUCGCCAUGUGAUGACGCGAAAAAUUAAUUUACUCAUAAAUUCAAAUCUUCUAAAAAUCGAAAGUCGUCU